AUGUCUGACUUUGCGCAACUUGUCAUUCUCAGCUUCCUGACCAGCGCGGCGUCCGAGGCAAUCUCGUACUUUGUGGUGUACCGGACGGAGCGGUUCCAGCAGCUGAAGCAGAAGCUGAUAGCAAAUGAGGCGAAGCUUGCCGAGGAGCAGAGCGCGACGGCGGGGAAUUCGAACAAGCGGCAGAAGCGGAUCGAGAACCUGGAGGCCGGGCUGAAGGCGACGCGGCGGGACGCGCAGGGGCUGCAGAUCCGCAACACGCUGAUAGUGGCGGUGAUACAGGUGGUGGUUAUCUACCAGGUGAACUCGAUGUUUGGCGGCCGGUCGGUGGCCACGCUGCCGUUCGAGCCGAUCAGCGUGUUCCGCAGCCUGACGCACCGCGGACUGCCCGACGACAGCCCGGCGACCGACUGCUCGGCGACGUUUGUGUUUAUUCUGGGCGGCCUGGCAUUCAAGGCGGUGCUGGACCGGGUCCUGCAGCUGGGCAUGCCCAAGGGCAACCAGCUGCCAAAGUGGGUGACGAACCCGGAGGAGAUUGUUGGCAUGAAGUAA